GAUUCAUCGUCUUUCCCAUUCGUGCACAUCUCGCCAUUGGCUUACAUCCCUUCAUUCCCUCAACUCAUUCACUCCGCCUUUGUUUUAACCUCCCUUGCUCCUGUACUCCACUCGUUCCUUGAUUAUUAUAAUUAUUCUUACUUUAUUUCUGCAUCCCUGCACCCUUUGUAAUUUCACACCUUCCUGUUCCCUCCUCAGAGAUGGGAAAUGUAUCAAGCUCAGACCACGACAGGGUCAACGAGCUGCUUUCCAGAAAAGUAAAGAGGCGCCCUGGCUCCGGCGUCGGUCGUAAAAAGAAGCACGAGCAGCAGGAGCCACAGCAACAACGGCAACAACAACAGGAACUACAAUUGCUGCACCAAUACCAAGAGGUUAAUCAGCCUCAAUUGCACCCUCAGCAGCAACUUCAGCACCCUGAGCAGAAUCUCUCUGAACAGUUGGAUGGUCCUGUCAGCCCUGUCCUCAGUCCCACUAAGGACUUUACCCGACAAGGAUCAUUCCAUAUCCAUCGACAGAGAACGUCCCCUGACUCCCUCUCAAAAGUCCCUCAACCGUUGCGGAGCGAUGACUUUGCAGCAUCAAAGCGCACGUCUCUAUCCCAGGCAGACUUUUAUUCAAGGGCCAAGCCGGAGUACUCCCCAAUGACACCGACUUCUCCCGCAACACCCUACUCCAUAACAUCGUCGACCACAGUGACAUCCGCCAGCAACCAGAUCUAUGAUUCCUAUACCGUCAUCAGCCUUCCGUCCAAACAGGAGCCGUCUCCUGGUUACUAUUCUGCCCCGAUUGUAAUACCCCAGCAGAUCUCGAAUCAGGCUUCCGACAACAAACAUGGGAGUGCGAACAGUCUAGACAACAACUUGAACGGCCCCUCAAUUUCUCCAAGACAUUACGACUUUGAUCGCUACGCCCAUUACCGCCAGCAACAGAAACAGCUCUCUUCGGAUCUCCGUCUCAUUGGGACUUCGCCCGAGGCCAAGGAAUGGCUGAAACAGAAGCCAACAAGGUCUGCCACCCACUUGCUCCACCAGUACAACUUUCAGAGCCAUCAAUACUACCAACCGCCCGGAAGUGCUAAGGCAAGCAAUGGUGUCUCUCGCAGCUUGUCCGCUCAUGUAUCGACUUCUUCAAAAAACAACCUUGGUGCGAGCGCAAACAACAAUCCAACUGAAUCUGAGAGCAACCAUAUGGUCCCUCCUGCGGAACAGGGACCCAGCUUCAUUAAUGCCGCUGCGGCUACAAUCGCCACGGAUGGUAGCUCUGGUAUCCAGCUGGUGGCAGAUCAAGGUCAUGCGAGCGAAAUUAAAGAGUCGGCAUCUGCUCUUCUUCCACCAACCUUGCCUGCAGACCUGGUUCAGAUCCACUUUGAUGGACAUUUUUAUGGUCAUGGCCAUGGCAUUUCAACACCAUAUACACCUCACCCGUCGCCAGCUGAGGGUCGAAGGAGAGAACCUGGACGGCUUGUGAUGUCCCGCUCCAAGCUCGGCUCCCCAACUAUGGCCGCAGCACCGAUGUCUGCGCCGAUCAUAACCGGUGGUACAUCGUUCGGUCAAGGUAUUAAUAGCGAUACAUAGACUAGCUUGUCUUACGCCUUCUUCAUCCAUUGUAUUUUACCUGUAUUUGUAUUAAAUAUACAUAUAUUAAUGCCACCAUUAU